GCCGGGAACAGAAUUGGCCCGAACUAGUGGAAUUGGCAGCAAAAAACUAACAUACAAGUGUGUCUGGUCAAUAGAGGGCUUGUUCCUGCCGCUGGGUGCUGUGUGAGGACUCCGACUGUGCUCUCUCCGAGCAGAGUUGGACGCUGGGGACGCGCUGAGGGUUCUUCUUUUCUCGCCCCCCCCGCUCUGUCUUUUUAAAAUAUUCAUCAAUGGGGUGGGUAGUUUGCUCUAGUCAUUAAAAUAUCUCUCUCCCCCCCUCCCCCUCGCUUUCUCCAGGACUGCCACUGUUGAGUCUGUGGGAAUAUGAAUCAGCAGCAGCAGAGAAUGGCUGCAGUUGGGACAGACAAAGAGCUCAGUGACCUGCUGGACUUCAGUAUGAUGUUUCCCCUGCCAGUGGCUAAUGGAAAAAACAGACCCACGACCCUAGCGAGCACUCAGUUUGGAGGAUCAGGCUUGGAUGAAAGACCGGGAUCAGGUUCCUGGGGAACGGGAGAUCAAAACAGCUCCGCGUUUGACCAAGGAAGGAGCUAUGGCGAAGGCCCCCACUACGGCGAGCACCGGGACAUGCCCUCCCACAACAGCAUCUCCUCGUCACCAUUCCUGGGAGCGGGACUCGUGGGGAAGAGCAGUGACAGAGCCUCGUACUCCACGUUUGGAAGAGACACGGGGAUGCCAGGACUAAACCAGGCCGGGUUCCUGCCCAGCGAGAUGGGAAUCGCCAGCCCCAGCACACUUUCCCCCACGGGGGGCAAAGGGGGGUCCCAGUAUUUCUCUUACCCCAACAAUCCUCGCAGGAGAGGUGCUGAGAGCAGCAUUGAUGGACAGCCCAAAAAGGUUCGGAAGGUGCCUCCUGGACUCCCCUCCUCGGUGUAUCCAUCCAACUCAGGUGAUGACUACAGCAGGGAUCCAGCUGGAUAUACUCCCUCAAAACCUCCCAGCACUGUGUAUCCUGGAGCCUUUUAUAUGGCAGAUGGACUCCAUAACUCGCCAGACCUGUGGAGUUCCCCGGGUGCCAUGAGCCAGUCGAGUUACGGUGCCAUGCUGGGCAGCUCCUCCUCCCCACUCCCACAGUCCAGUGGCUUCAACAGUUUACACCAGCACGAACGCAUGAACUACCAGCUGCAUUCAGGAGAGGUGAACGGGGGACUCCCCUCCGUGUCCGGCUUUUCCUCGGCCUCCACACCCUACGGAGUGUCCAGUCACACACCCCCGAUCAGCGGCACAGACAAUAUGAUGGGUAACAGAGGAACCACAGCCGGGAGCUCCGGAGACGCACUCGGGAAGGCACUGGCCUCGAUUUACUCCCCUGAUCACUCUAGCAAUAACUUCUCCUCAAACCCCUCCACACCGGUCGGCUCCCCCCAGGGGCUUGCAGGCACGUCGCAGUGGCCGCGGGCGAGCGGAGCGGGUGCCUUAUCUCCCAGCUACGAAGGGAGCCUCCACACUUUGCAAAACAAAAUGGAAGACAGGUUGGACGAAGCCAUCCACGUGCUGAGGAACCACGCCGUGGGCCAGACCACUGCCAUGCCCAGCAACCACGGGGACAUGCACGGGCUCCUGGGCUCAGCACCGCCCCACAGUGCCGCCGUGGGCAGCCUGGGCCAGGCCUUCCCUGCCUCGGUCAUGGCCCUGGGCAACAGGCACCCGAGCCUGGUGGGAGGAGGUCACCCCGAAGACGGCUUGUCCAGCAACCCCAGCUUGCUCCACAACCACGUCACACUUCCAUCCCAGCCCAGCUCACUCCCCGACCUCAGCAGGCAGCAGGACACGUACAGCGCAGGUUUGUCCGGGGGGUUGGGCCGGAGCAGCGUCUCCUCGGGAACGAGCGAAAUAAAGAGGGAAGAGAAGGAGGAUGAAGAGAACACGUCAGUGGCAGAUAACUCAGAGGAGGAGAAGAAGGAGCUGAAACCCUCUCGGAACAGAACAAGGUGCUCUUUGAACAGUCAAGAUGAGGAUGAGGAGGACGAUCUUCUUCCCCCAGAGCAAAAAGCCGAGAGAGAGAGAGAAAGGAGGGUCGCCAAUAAUGCCCGUGAGCGCCUGCGGGUCCGGGACAUCAACGAGGCCUUUAAAGAGCUCGGACGCAUGUGCCAACUGCACCUAAACAGCGAAAAACCGCAGACCAAACUGCUAAUCCUACACCAGGCCGUAUCAGUCAUACUGAACCUGGAGCAACAAGUUAGAGAGCGCAACCUGAACCCUAAAGCAGCCUGCUUGAAGCGUCGGGAAGAGGAGAAAGUGUCCGGAGUGGUAGGAGACCCCCAGAUGACACUUUCAGCUUCACAUCCUGGUCUAGGAGACGGUCACAACCCUGUUGGACACAUGUAAAGUUGUAGGUCUCCCUGUUCCUCUGGAUACAGAGAUCUGUAGGAAGAAAGCCCUCGGUGUGACCUGCAACCUUCUUGAACCAUGAACUGUAGUACUGCUCAUACUGACACACGCAGACGGAUCCUGGUGUGACGUAAGGGGUGGAAAAAAACACUUUUUGUCAAAAACAGAACGAAAACAAAAAAAAUUGCCUUAAGUAUAAAGUGCAGAACAGUCAAUACAUAUCACUCAGUUAGGAGGGGGUGGCGUGUUCUCUUGGCUUGUUCACAAGCAGCCAGCAGCAAAAUUGUGCCUAAGCUUGAUAUUUCUUUUUUAAAAAAAAAGAACAUUAGUUAUGAGAUUUUUUAUGUAGAACAAAUAGCAAUGCCUUUUGGUUUUUUUUAGCUUCUUUUGCAUAUGUUUUGUAAGCGACGAAAGAAUUUUUUUUUGUAUAAAAACAUGUCUUGUACCCUCCGCUUUUCUGCUGCUGUUUCUAUAGUUAACGUUGCAUCUUUAGGAUCAACCAGAAUAUUAAAAUUGUAUUAAGAGAGA